AUGCCCGACGCGACCAAAGCUGCCCACUACAUCCAGGCCCUUGAUGCUGCGAGGGCCGAGGGAAACUGGCAAGCUGUUCCGGAGUUUGUACGCAAAAUCAGGAAACAUGCGCCGGAUCGAGCAUGCCUCACCUUGACCGCCGAGCUCGAGUACGCCGUGUCAACAUCCUCCAAAUCCUCUUCGAACACCGCCUCCCGUCCUCAGACCGCACGACCUCAGACUGCUGCAGCACCUGCAAGCGACAUCGACACGGCUGAACAGAUCUCCAAACUUCUCGAGACUAUCGAGAAUGACGACCUGCACCCCGAAGACAAAUUCCAGGCGCAAGUUGCCGUGGGCUGGGUGCACUGGACCAGCAAGGAAUACCGCUUGGCCGCCACGAGACUGCCUUCAACCCUUGACCAACAAAAUAUCCAGGAUCCCGACAACAAGGUAUCCGAAUGGACGAGCGUGUGCUCGCUCAAGGCAGCCUACCUCAAGGCCGACUGCCUGGUCGUCAGUGGACAGAGGGAGGAAGCACUACGAAUAUUCGAGGCCGCUCUGCCGGCUGCCACGGCUAUAUGGUCGAGAAAGAGUGCCGGGAAACAACUGCGAUACUGCUCCGAGCUGUUCUUGACCGAGUUCUGUAUGCUGCAGAGCGAGGCUCUCCAGUCCAACGAGAGGUCCCUCCAGGACAUGGACUCUCUGGCCUGCUAUCGGUCCUGGGCCAGGUACUGGGAGGCCUUCACAGUUGUCGGUGGCCAGGGCUACAGAGGCUCUGUCCCGAGGCGGCGCGUCUGGAACGAAUAUUACUCAGCCCUUUCCAACAUCCUCGACCUUAACCUCCCUUACCCUACAGGCAGCUUGCCCGCGAUGACCACCGAGAUGUCUCCGAGAAGCCUGCUGCGCGUGGAACUGAAAAAGGUGGAGGCCGCUUUCGAGGCUCUGCUGAUUGCGGAAACCCAAUUUCCGAAGGCUGAUGAGGAGCGUGAGGAAGUCGAGGAGUUUGCCAAGUCCGUCAUGAAGAAUUGGUCCAUUCUCUGUGGUCGCGGAUGGAGAGAAGAAGACCUCGGUGAAGGCGGCCGUGAGAGCGUCAGCCGUGGCGCUUUGGAUGUCUUUUACCGUGCUGCGACUAAAACCUACCACUCGACUGCCAUUCUAAGGUUCAUCUUCACUGUUCACCUGUCAGUCGCCGAAUUCGACCUUGCGUUCAAAGCUUUUGAUUCGUACUUGGAGCUGGUCAAGCACGGCAAGGCAAGAGUGGACAAGACGGGACAUUCCGAGGGCGGACUCGAUGACGACGGCACGGUUCUCGAAACAAUCUCGCAGUGCAUCCUAGCGCUUUGUCGGUACGGGGGCAAGGACGCCAUUGAGAAAGCCAAAGAUCUGGGUGCUGAGCUGGAGGACUGGAUGGCGAGAUUGCCGCAGCUGAGGGCAGGUGUCUCGGACGGAACCACGCUUCCGGAACUCGAGGAGACCACCAGCACGCUCCAUCCCGAGAUCUCACCCAGAUCUGUCGCUUUGUCAUGGCAGGCGGUGGGUCUAUCACAUGCCCAUUGGUCCCGUGUUACACACGACGCCGGCUCUCGAGUUGAACUGCAAGCCAAGGCGAUUCGAUGUCUUCGAAAAGCAGUUUCACCAGAGCUCGGCCGUACUCGCGACGUUCGCAGUCUAUUUGCCCUUGGCCUUCUGUUGGCGGAGCGGAGAGAGUUGACGCCGGCCAUUGAGAUUGUCAAGACCGCCUUGAUUGCGCACAAGUCAUCAGACGAUGUCCAAAAUCACUAUCAUGGCCCAUACUGGCAACAACGCUCGCUUCUCCCGUUGUGGCACCUGCUUGCCUUAUUGAUGAGCGCACGGCAGGACUAUGCCAUGGCAGAGAGGUCGUGCGAGGGCGCGUUCGAGCAGUUUGGCGAUGAUACGAUUCUUUUCGGUAGAUCUAAGGAGGGAUUCAGGAGCGAUCAUCUGAAUGACCUUGACGAGAAGCAUGCCGACGCACACAGCGCAGUUGUGGACGAAAUGGAUGACUUUGAACGCGAGAGCAUUCUCGAGGUCAAAAUGACGCAGCUUGCCCUUACUUCUGCCGGCGUUGCGCCGACCAUCCAGGUGACUGGUGAAUCUGGGCAAGUGACAGAGCGCAAACCUUCUCGUAGGUUGAGGGGGAGAAGCGAGUCUGGCAGGCGCAACAGCCUCAAGAAAAGAGAGAGCAGCAGCAGUCGGAAGAGGGCGCCAAGCCUCGGCCCCCCUAUUCACUCACCCACAGUUGUUGAUGGCGAAGUCUUUUUCACUCCUACGACCGAGAUUCCCCUGACAGAUUUCCUCGGCUCUGCCAACGGCGGCAGGCAACAAGCCUCAGGAUUCACAGGGCCUCGGGGCCAGACCCUCAAUCAUCUCGACUCGUACACAUCCCAGGCUUCCAAGUCAACCGCAUAUUCCUAUUCAGAAAUCUCCGCAGAUGCAAUAUACACCAUCACCAAUCCUUUGCCUGUCAUCAAGUUUUCUCAGGAAGUGCAGCGGAAGCAGCGAACCACCCUUCUCGUUAAAGUGUGGCUGAUGAUUGCGGGUUUCUAUCGAAGAGCUGACAUGUUUGAAGACUGCCGGGGCGCUGUUGGAGAGGCGCAGAAGCUGGUGCAGGGACUUGACACGGAGCGGAGCGCAUCGGAGAACGGGGCUUCGUACCGAAACGCGGGAUGGGCGGAGAGGAAAAGCAUCGACGAACUGUGGGGUGACGUUUGGGCAGAGGUACGAUCCCAUGGCAAUGAAUCGACACGAAGAAUAGGACCACGACUAACCUCUGCAUAA